AUUAUUGUCUCUUUGAGACAAAAUCUAGCUAUGCAGUUCUGGCUGGCCUUGAACUCACUUGGUAACCCAGGAUGGUCUUGAACUUGCAAUGAUGCUCCUGACUCAGCCUCUCAACUGCUGGGAUUAGAGGCUUGUGACACUACACCCGGCGCUUUGUUAUUACAACUUCAUGUGAAUCUCUUUCAGAUUAUGAGUUUAAAAAAAUUGAAUUGUAGUCAGAAAUAGUGCCUGGAAAUAUAUAAAUGAAAGGAAUUUAGACAAACAUUGAUGAUUGUUGAAACUGGCUGAUGGAUAGAAGUGGGGGUGUUUAUUUGUUUGUUUGCUUUUUGGAGUUGUUGUGUUUUUUCACAGUGUCUCCUCUGUGUAGUCCAGGCUGGCCUUGAACUAACUUAGAUAUCAUAGGUUGACCUUGAACUCAUGGUAAUCCUCCUGCCUCAACCUUUUGGGUGCUGGGAUUACACAGAAGAAUUUAAAUAAAAAUGAAUAUUAAUAUAAUACAGAGGCCCAAGGGUUUAGAUCUGUGACACAAAUGCCUGCCUGGCAAGCUCAAGGUUAUGAGUUUGAUCACCAGUAUAAUUAAUUAACUAAAAUAAUAAAGACCUUGAAGUAGCUUUGUCACUCUAAUGAUUAAAUUAUUGGGUCAAUUUGACAAAGAUUUCUCCAGCUAACUUGCAUCAGUGUAGUUCUGAGUAUAGCUGAGAUCUAUGAAUAGCAUAAUACCCACCCUAUGGAGCAGACCCACCCUAGGGAGGAUCUUCACCUGAGAGGUAUAAAAGGGCAACCCAGAAGCAUGGCUCACCUCUGCUGCUUUGGAGGAGCUUCAGCCUUGAGCUUGACCUUGGCCAUCACCUCCUGGCUCCCAGCACAGACUCUCCAGCCUCCUGAUACCAACUCACACCAGGCCCCAAGCCAUCGACUGCAUCCAUCGGAUCUCCAGGGGAUAGACUGACAGGCUCCACUGUUCCACACCUGACUCUGCAGGCAGCACCUGGGAAGGAGUGGGCUGUGCUGUUCAGACCCCCGGCUCCUCUUACUUCUGACCUCGUCACUGCACAGAUCCAGCAUGUUGGGUGGCAUUGAUGACAAGAUCCGACAAGUCAUGGAUCUGGUAAAGUCUCACCUCAUGUUUGCAGUCAGGGAGGAGGUGGAGAUGCUGAAGAAGAGGAUCCGGGACCUGGAAGAGCGCAAUGCUGCCCUGGAGCAGGAGAACAGCCUGCUGCGCGCCCUGGCCAGCCCGGAGCAGCUGGCCCAGAUGUCAUCCUCGGGGCUCCCUUGCUUCAGAUUCCCCCAUACAGUGGACCUUUCACCCCCCAAGAUGUGCAUUUAGGGUCUGCCCCACCUGUCAGGCCUUGAGCCAGUGCCCUCUGCCUUCUUAGCCUGCAGCUUCAGUGCCCCUAAGCCCAGGGAUUGGGAGGUCAGCAGUGGUCCCACUACCCCUCACCCUACCCUGCUCACCCCCAGUCCCUAGGCUUUGAAGAAGAAGGGAGGGCUCGCCAUGGGAGGUGGAUGGAGUCCCUUCCGGGGGUGACUGAUGCCAGUCCCCCUCCCUCCUAGGCAUCAGUCUUCUGGGGCCCAUGGCACUGGGGCAGGGUAGGAGGCUUCCUGGCAGCCCCUCCCCCACCUGAUUCUCCUGAAGUGUCCCUGGGCAGGCCAGAGGGAAUAUGGCCAGUAUCUCAAAGUUCUGGCAUUCUGGUUAUUCUUAAAAUAAUAAUUACUGUUUAAAAAGCUGUAGAAACCUGAAUCUGGAGAGGGGCGUGGUAUUGCCUGCAUUCAAAGCUGCUGGGCUGGCCGCCCACUUCAGCCUCCCUGCCCUUGCUGGGUGGAUUCAAGGUGCCAGCGAUGGUGUGAGAGGCACAGCAUGGCAAAGCCCACUGGAGAAAUAAGCAAGACCUGUCAGUUGUCAGACCUGAGGAUAGCACUCAGGAAAUGGGCCGGUCCUGGUCAAUCUUCAAGACACCAGGGUGCGGAAACCCAGGAAUUGCUACACUCCUAGGACAUCUGGAGGGCCCAGGACCCACAGAGCACCAGACACUGCUGUCCUGGGUCCUCGACAUCCCUCCACUGUGUCUCCCAGACCCACCAUGCACCUUUCUUGUAACUUUCUGUUCUUUUCUCCUCUCUAAGGGCUACCUUUGCUCUGCAGAGCUAGAUCUUCCCUUACCUCUUCACCUCUCAUUUUAAAAUAAACUUUUGGCAGUAUUUUUA